CCUUAUCUCCCACCAAAACACAGACUCAGCCGGUGACCAUUGUCAAACACCAAACAACAACAAAGCUUCUCUAACGCCAAUGGCUGUGUCCUCUUCCACUUCAGUAUAUAUUACCCAGAAAACCUUUCGUAUACCAACUCCGAAAGAUGGCUUUGCAUUCUCAAAUUCCAUGACCAUCAGUUUUGCACCAAAUCUGCGCAAGUUUUGCAUUCGAAGCUCAGGUAGUGAUGUGUCUGCUGCAGAGACUGCAACUGCUACUGAGAAUGAUGGAAGCUCCAUCGAAGUUCCGGAAGAAUCCCCGUCUCUGAUUUCUGCCCUUAACGUCGAACGAGCUCUUCGUGGCAUACCAAUUACUGAUGUGAAUCACUAUGGUAGGCUAGGACUUCAAAGAGGAUGCACCUCCGACCAGAUUAGAGCUGCAUAUAAAACCAAGCUUGAUGAGCUAAAGAGCCAGGGACUAGAAGAGGAGGAGCUAAACAAGAAAUUGGAACCUUUGAAAGAGUCCUACACCAUAUUAUCGUCCGCGGAUGAGAAAAGGUUAUAUGAUUGGAGCCUAGGCAGGACUGCAAAUCCAGACACAUAUCUUUGGCCUUUUGAGGUUGAGACCACGAGAGCAACCCCGGAUACUCCCCCACCAGUAAUGGAACCCGAAGACUUUGGGCCGACGAGAUUGGUGGGAUACGUCGGGUUGGGAUGGAUAAUAUUGUCCCUUGUAUUAUCAAUAGCCCUUAAUCGAGGACCCUAGAUUUGUCCUCUGAUGCAGCUUGCAUAUUGUCUCUGUAGCUUCGCACCCUCUUGAAACAGCUAUUUGGUGAGAAUUAUGGGCUGCAUUGCAGUGAUGCAUCAACCAAAAUUACUGCACCAAUUUGGUGUUUUAGGGGCAGGAAGAGAUGUAUCUACCUGUAAAAUGGAAAAAGGAAACACGUUAUUCAUCUAGCAAGUAAAUUAUUUGUUGAGGUAUUUUACCUAUGCAGAAGUUUGUUUGAAAAUAUCUGUCCAUCCCACCAGGGAUCGCCACCAAAAGUCACUGUAUUCACUUGUCCACGUAGAGAAAACCACUGUAUUGUAUCGAGAAAAAAAAAAUCCAUGUGGAAAUAUUCAGAUUUCAGCAAUGAAUAAACUUUAAAAACCUGGAUUGGCACAUGAAAUAUAUAGUAUAAAGAAGUCUACUACAAACUCGUAUAUGAAGAACUAAAUGAAAAAUAGGUAUCAACGGAUGUAAUUGAAUGAUUCCUGUUGUUUGGGAGUUUCCCACCUGGAUGUUUAGUGCUUUAAAUCAAUAAAGAUUAUUUUCAUAAGAAAAAAAAACUCAUAUGAAUGACCCAAACAACAUAAAUCAAUCUUUUUAGCUUGAAUAAAAUGAAGGCUAACAACUAAAAAUGUCCAAAGUGUACAGUAAAAUGUGUGUGAUCUCUGACUCUACAUGCAUUGUACAUGGGAGGAGGAGGAGGAGGAAGAAUCUACACCCACUGAUUCAUACAUACCACACACUGUAAAUGACAGAAGGGGAAGCAACAACAAUACCCCCACUUUUCUGGCUUAUGUUUCUUCAUCUGAAUUUCUCUGAGAGAACAUACCUUCACCCGCUUCAACAUGUCUCAGUCUCUCGGCAAAGAGUAAGAAAGGCAUUCAGCAAUACGACUAUAUUAACCCCUUCAGUUCUGUUUCAAGAAUUCGCUUUGCCAGACUUCGCCACAAGGAUCAGACUAAAACAGGAAAGAUGGUUAGUUAGCGGAUAUCAAUAGAAACAUACUUCCAUAAGCCAACCAGUCAAUUAGAUCUGUAUCAAGAAAAACCAAGAAUUCACAUUAGACCAGAAGUAUUCUAGAAAGGUCCACAAUGACUGCACUAGAUUUA